UCGAUCAAUCAUCAGUCUUUUUGCUGAAGAAAAUAGUGGAUAAUUAUAUCGCCACGUGUUUGCUUCAAUUGCUGAAAUACACUUUGCCGUGUUGAAGCGAUCGUCUAUUGAGCACGCGAGAUUAUAAUCCCGCACAUUUACAGUGCUCCACCGUGGACACUAAUACGGUAUGCGUUGGAGAAUCUUCAUCUUUGCCUGUCUCCUACUGCAGGGGCUGGCUCGGGCGGAGGAUGUGGAGGUAGUGGAAGCGAUUCCAGGGGAGGACAACCGAAACGACAACUCGGCUUUGAACCGUCAGGAUAAUGACAUCAACACGCCCGAUCAGUUGGCGUUAGAGUCGUUAGGGGAAAAAGAUGCAGGCAGCAAUCAUUACAAACCGGGUGGUCUCAGAGGACAUCCCUUACCGAUGCCGCCCAGCAGAGGCAGUUUAGGACUUCCCCACCCGCGGCCGCACCAUAACGUCGCCUAUCACGGGCCACCGCCACCUCUGCCACCCUCGAAGGCGCCAUCGGAGGCCAUCGACAAGAUUUACACGACAGGCGGCGGCAUCAGCUCAGCGGUUGGCGUGGAGCCGUGGCCGGCACCCACGCCGGACAUGCCGAAGAUCAUCUCCCUGGACGUGAAGUGUGAGAAGAAUCUGAUGAAAGUUUAUCUCGGUUUCGACAAGCCGUUCUACGGUAUAGUGUUCAGCAAGGGCCACUACAGUAACGUAAACUGCGUACACUUGCCAGCGGGUUUAGGGCGUACGUCGGUGAACUUCGAGAUUAGUAUUCAUGCAUGUGGCACAGCUGGGAACACUGAGAACGGUUUAUACGGGUACGGCGCGGAAUCCGGGUCAGGAACGUAUUUCGAGAAUAUAAUCGUGGUGCAAUACGAUCCGCAAGUUCAAGAAGUUUGGGACCAGGCGCGCAAGCUGCGGUGCACUUGGCACGAUCUGUACGAGAAAUCCGUUACGUUCCGUCCGUUCCCCGUCGACAUGCUGGACGUGGUGCGCGCCGACUUCGCCGGCGACAACGUGGGCUGUUGGAUGCAAAUACAGGUCGGCAAGGGGCCAUGGGCGUCCGAGGUCUCUGGGCUGGUCAAGAUCGGCCAGACAAUGACGAUGGUGCUAGCGAUAAAGGAUGACGACUCCAAAUUCGAUAUGCUCGUGAGAAACUGCAUGGCCCACGACGGGAAGCGGGCGCCGAUACAACUGGUGGACCAGAGGGGUUGCAUCACACGGCCCAAGCUGAUGUCACGGUUCACCAAGAUCAAGAACUUCGGCGCAUCUGCAUCGGUACUCUCCUACGCUCACUUCCAGGCGUUCAAAUUCCCCGACUCGAUGGAGGUGCACUUCCAGUGCACUAUACAGAUAUGCCGAUACCAGUGCCCUGAACAAUGCUCCGAGUCACCUUUGCUAUUGGAGUCCCAGGGUUUGUUGGAGAACCAUCAUCAUUCUUCGUCUAAUGGCCACCCUGAUUCCAGCUACGGCAUCCCGCCACCUAUCCCGCUUCCAUUGGAGGCGUAUUUGCAGGCCGCCGCUGGACGUCCGCGAGAUGAAAGGCGGAGGAAAUCUCGAGAAAUAGUGCCCACACCUCAGAAGGCGGUCGGCGUCAAUCGAAUAAUCCGCGUGGUUUCCACCGGCGAUUUAACGUUCUCCAUCGACGAGUCAAACAAUGGAGAAUCCAAUGGGCCUACCAUGGUGUUCCCUGUACGCAACGAGAACACCGCGAGCUCGGCGAUGAUUUGCAUGACUACACCAGGGUUCGCUAUCACCCUCAUAAUACUCCUCGCCGUGUUACUUUCCUCGUGUAUACUCUCGACUUACCUUUGUCUACGGUUAAGACCGUUCUCAGGAAAAGCUAGAAAGGUUGCGACAUAUUACACCGGCGAACAAAACGCACCGAAAAAGUCGACGAGGACGUGUUUCUAUUCAUAGACCCGGCGGACGGUCGUGAACAGCCUAAAAGAGACACGUUGUCGAUUUGCGACGCUUGCACGCGGAAUAUUUUUUAAUUUAUCAAGUGUCUUAUGCGAGACUGGUUUGAUGAGUUUCGUAGCGUUCGAUUUCGCUGUCCAACGUGGAUUUGGAUUUGCAAUGUUCACUGGGCGAUUCUUGUAGGUUUUUAUUUAAAGAGCAGAUUUGAAAAUGAAGUUACUCCAAGGAGCUCAGUUUUUGGAAGAUUUAAGUUUGAAGGGAAAUUGAGUUUUUAAUUUGAGAAGUUUGUUUGGUAGUGAUUGUGUUAAUUGCGUUAUUGAGUGGAGGUAAAUCUGUGGUAGAAUAAUAGCAUGAUUUUUCUAUUUUUAUAUGAAUAUCGUAGGUGGCUCGUAUUUUAUUUGUUCGGAAGAUUUUUUGGAUGCCAUGAAUUAAAUGUUUUUUUCUAAAAAUAAUGUAUAAAGUGAUUGAUAAUAUCAACAAUAUGUUUGUAAUACUUUUCAAAAUGGAAGUACAUAAUUUAUAGAGAAGUUUCUUGAAGAAAGUGGUUCUAUGUGUACAACACUCGUUAAGUAUUGAUUUUUUUAGAAAUUUGUAAUUCAUUUUAAAAACUGUAGGGCUGAGAUAAAAUCUAAAUAUUCCGUACGAUAAAGCGCACUAUUUUGGACAGAAAACGUAAAAAAGAUUGAAAAAAGAAAAUUCUUCAUUUGUGAUCCAUGAC